UAUUUAAAAUGAAGUUUAAGCAAUGUUAAGACACAGAAUUAUCGAUCGAAUAUAGUAACCAACUUCGUGGAGAAUAGUUUAACAUGCAUGAUGUUCAUUGCGCAUUUAUAGAUGUAGUCAUAACGAUACUUUUUUUUUAAGUAAAAAAAACGUUUACUUUGAAAAAACAUAAGUAGCUAACGAGCAACCAUAAUUGCUAUAAUUGCAGCCACAAAAUUCUUUUACAAAAAAAAAAAAUGUUAAUGAACUCGUUUAACUUUAAUUAGAACAGUCAGCUGGAAAACAUUUGCAAUGCCGAUGUCAGCCUACUGGUUGGUCGCUCCAAUAUUUACGUUAUCAUUGACCCUUAACCAUAACUUUUGAUAUCUCGUCGAUUCUGAACGUCACUAUUUCUUUGGUGCGCUUGCCGCAGAUACACAUAAUCGCCAAGAGUCACGGACCCGAUGUUUUCGAUUCUCAAGAAUAAAAAGUAAUGACACUGUCCACGAAUAGAAAUUUCAGGGAUUAGCUUCUUGAAAAAAUAAACGCGGGAAUAAAUAGUAGAAUAACAUUAAGCAUCCAGAAACCAUUUAAAUAUUACUGUUAUUUGCAAUUAACAAGGAACUUAGAAUUUAAAAAUAUAGUAAAAUAUAGCAAAGUUCUUAAUUUAACAGGUAUAAAAGCAUCGUUAAUCUUGCGUCUCGGAUCGUCAAACUCGUGCUCGAUCUUCAUUAUUAUCUUGAUCAAGACGCGUGUAACAAACCACUUGAUCCCAUCACGUUCGGACAACACUAGCUGCUCAGAUCGCUUCAACUCAAGUCGUUUGACAUCUCUACGAGGAUAUAUAUUGCAUGGACUUUGUACCCUAAGUCGCAUCCCUCAGGAACAAUGAAGAACUCGAACGGCGUGAAGAACUCCAUAGAUACCGAAGAUUCGAAUGAAAGCAUUACGUUGACAAGAUCAAAGUUGGAGACCUUCGAUGACAUUUUGCCAUACGUUGGUGACUUUGGUAGAUAUCAAUGGCUGCUUCUAUUGGCCUUGCUUCCCUACAGCAUGGCAUACGCCACCCUAUAUUUCUCGCAGUUCUUCCUUACUUUGGUACCGCAGGAACAUUGGUGCAAGAUAGAGGAACUAAUGUCUUCAAACCUCACGCAGGAAGAAAGAGUGGAGAUUGGCGUACCAAGGUCGCAGAAUUAUCCGUACUACGACCAAUGCCAUCGAAGGGAUUUGGAUUUUUUCGCUCUUAUAAAUCAUAGGAAAGACAAUCGCUCGAUCGAAUGGAAGGCAAACAAAACCGUGGAUUGCAACCAAUGGGAAUACAAUUUCACGCAGAUCCCUUAUGCUAGCAUAGCGGCUGAGCUAGAUUGGGUAUGUGACCAAGAGUACCUCAUAUCGACGGCACAGUCGAUCUUCUUCUGCGGCUCCAUCGUCGGUGGCCUGCUCUUCGGAUGGGUCGCCGAUCAUAGAGGCCGGAUCCCUGCCUUAAUGCUCUGCAACGGCGUCGGACUCCUAGCUUCGAUCGCAACUGCGAGCGCGAAAACUUUCUGGUCCUUCGCUGUCUGUAGAUUUCUAACUGGUCUGGCUUUCGACAAUUGCAUCAACAUCCCACUGAUUAUCGUGCUCGAGUAUAUGGCUGUAAAGAGGCGAACCCUUGUCGUUAAUGCUGCAUUCGGCAUAUACUUCGCCGCUGGAAGCACAGUUCUGCCAUGGAUUGCGUACUAUAUCGCAAACUGGAGAUUCUUCGCCUAUGUUAGCGCAAUCCCGAUGAUGAGCGUCUUUAUCACGCCAUGGAUUCUUCCCGAAAGCGCUCGAUGGUUCGUCGCCAACGGUAGAAUAGAUAAAAUGCUGCAGAAGCUACGGCGGAUAGCGAAGAUCAACAAGAAGUGCCCUGACGCGUGCAUCUUCGAGGUCUUCGUCAGAAACUUGACCGCGACUGAUACCCAGACGGAAAGCGCGACCAUCUUCGAUAUUCUGAAGUCACCGCGUCUAGCAAAGAAUACCAUUCUACUAAUUCUCUUUUGGUCCUUGACGGUGAUAGCUUUCGAUGGCCACGUAUACUCCCUCAAGCUGAUCCCGAGUUCGGUGUUUGUGUCCUUCUCCGUCGCCUGUUCGACCGAGCUGCCGGCCGGGCUGUUGCUGACGCUGCUAUUGGACCGCUGGGGUCGCCGAUUCUGCGGAUUUAUCACCCUGGCCAUGACUUGCCUUUUCAGCUUCGCCGGACUGCUGUUACAGUCGAUCGUAGCGAAGCUGACGAUGUCGGUGCUCUCGCGAUUUUGCCUGAAUAUGGCAGCCAACGUGGGCCUUCAGUACGCCGCCGAGCUGCUGCCGACUCCCAUUAGGACGCAAGGUGUUGCAUUGAUCCACAUUUUUGGCAUUAUUGCCCAUUCCAUUGCGCCAUAUGUGGUGGAUAGUGCCAAGAUUUGGUACGGGCUGCCGAUGAUGAUCAUCAGUAUCGUGUCAUUUGCAGCCGCUGCCCUAAUAUUGUUCCUACCGGAAACACUCGGUCGUGAUCUCCCGCAGACUCUACGUCAGGGAGAGGACUUCGGCAAGGAACAAAGCUUCUGGACGCUACCCUGCUGUGACUUUACCCGACCGCGUUCGAAUCGACAACGAUAUUAUCAUUCAACCGAAUUAUAGUCUUUUUAAUUUUUAUUAUAUAAGACCUCGGCAUAACCGUCGAGAAAAUAUAUGCGUUACGCGGUACGUGAUAAUAUAAGUAA